AUGACUUCCGCAUUCAGCUUUGUGCUCGUUAUUGUGAUUGCAGCCACAAUGCUGCUGCUGGCCCAGGCCGGGGAUGAGCAAGUUGAUUUCGAAUACUCCAAUGAGUAUGACGAUGUGCGACCACAUUUGAUUUAUCCCGAUGAGCCGAGAUUGGACAAACGUUUGGGUCAGGCAGCCAAGGAAUUUGGACAGCAGAUGAAGAACGCUUGGGAAUCGAUGGUGGAUUCAUUUCGAAACUAUUUCGAUGAGCUCAAGAAUCUCUUUACCACAGAUGUCAAUGAUCAACCCUAUGGUUAUGGAGACAUAAAUAAUGGCGAUGCUGAAGUCUUUUCAACAAACAAUUAACCUAUUUUAUUGCUUCAAUAAAUGAGAAU